AUGCAUCCGUGGCUGAAGGAAUCUGGAUACGUGAAGGUGGGGUGCACAGCAAAUCUCUCACGCCGACUUGAAAUGGCCUCUUUUACGACGUGCUUCACUCCUGAGUGGUCGUAUUUUGCUGUUUUUGAGUUGGAGAGCAUUAAGGAAGCCUUUCUCUUGGAGCAAGCGGUGCUUUUUCUGUUCAAGGAUAGACGUGUUCCUCAGCGUGAACUGAUCCAGGGCCACGCUAUGGAGGUUGUUGAGGGAGCGCGGCAUGUUUGCGUUGCCUUGAAUCUCAACGCACUAGUUAAUAUGCAGCCAAACUACAACUCAACCGAGGGCACUCUUCCUGAGAGGAGCGUAAAAGAGUCUAUUUCCGAUGUCUACUCGAAACAUGAUGCUAUAAGGCCAAACACACUUGGCAGGUACAUGGAAGCAUUAGAUAAACUUCGUGCUUCCUUGCAUAUGUGUGCAGUAUGUAAUAAUCUAACUGUGGAAGAGGGAGAGAACUUCGGUGACAACGAGGAGGAGAUGGAGUACGACUUUGAUAUAUUGGAGACAUCAUCUAAAGAGGAGUCUUUUUCUCUAACCGCACUUCGCCCAUAUCAGCAAGAGGCUGUGACGCGUUGCCAUGAGGAACUUGAGAGUCGUGGUGUUGCUAUUUGCCAAAUGGCCUGUAGGUGUGGGAAGACUCCCGUAGCAUUUAAACUCAUAGAGCAUUGUCUAGAGCAAAAACACGAUGCCAAAGUACUUUACCUUGUACCGGGGCUAGCGCUACUCCGGCAAACAGUAGUAAAGUUGUACGGUUAUGGGCUAAGGGAAAUUAAAUAUCUUCUUAUUGGGUCUUAUACUGGCUCUGUAUCGCUUGGUAACGGGCAGUCUCUGAUGAUGACUACCGAUGCAGGGGUGGUGGAAAGCGUCUUCAAGGGGUCCUCAUCAAAGAUGGUUAUUAUUAGUACCUAUCACUCAUCACAUAUCCUGUCGAAGCUCUCGGGGUUUGACCUAACCGUGUUUGAUGAAUGUCAUCGUGUUUGUGGAAGUGCUUCAGUAACGAACUUUAACAGUGUUCUUCUUCAACCACGUUCUGGAAAGCGACUCUUUCUCACCGCGACUCCUGCUUACGAUACACCAAUAAAAAUGGAUAAUACACAUCUUUUUGGUGGAAUAGCAUACCGGUACUAUUUGCGUGAAGGAAUCGAUGCUGGGUACGUGAACGCGUUUUCAUUACGCAUUAUUCUAGGAGAAAACAUGGAUGACAUGAAUCCUUACUUUUAUGAGGCCAUGCGAAUUGUAGACAAGAUGAUAGUCUACUGUCGAAGUAUUGAACACGCCACACAACUUACAGAUCGCUUAAACUGUCCUCUUCCUGACGACGUUGUCCCGUUUAGUGUUAUGCUUGCGCAUUCUAGAAUGGGAUGCACAGCAGUUGCAAAUGUUCUGCGUGAUUUCACCGCCUCGAAGCGUUGUAUAUUGUUGAAUGUUCGUUUAUUUCAGGAGGGCGUGGAGAUACCUGACCUUAAUGCCGUCUUUUUUGCCGCACCAAGAUAUAGUUCCCGUGAUAUUGUUCAGAGCAUUUGCCGUCCGCUCAAUAGGAUGGAAAACAAACCGAAAUCGUAUGUAUUCUUGCCAGCCACCAUUGAUAAGAAGCUGCCCGAGGUACAUCCUGUCAAUCUUCAGAAAUUUUCUACGCUGAUCCCUUUUACAGACGCCUUGAUGGAUGAGGAUCCCAUUCUAUUUGAAUACUUGAUUGACCCUCAUAAGGUUUCUUACGAUAUUGACGUAGUGGGUCUGAGAACCCUUAAACUUUCUACUGAGCGACUGCGCAAGUUUGUUCUUCCCGCCAUCCGACGGGGGGUACGAUACACCAGUCAAAAAACUGAUAGGCUACAUAGGGCUGCACGUAUACCAUGGAAAUCUGCUUUUGGCGAAUUGAAGCGCAUUGUUUUGGAGUGUAAUCGAUACCCCAAAACAAAUGAUGCCUGGGUAAUUGGAAAAAAAUCAGUUUCCAUGGCCCUAUUUUACCGAUAUGUACGAAAAGGAUAUCGCCAGUACAUAAAUAAUGAGUCCUCCUAUCUAAAGGUCUACCAGAUUCGGGAUUUGGAGUCACUCCCGCUGUGGCGCACGUAUGGGAUGCAAGGACCAUAUCCGUGGGAGGAGUGUCUUCGCACACUUCGCAAUCACCUCAAGGAGCAUGGCGAUGUACCUCCACUUGAUGUGCACAAGGGGGGUUACAUUGGCUUAGACGCCACACCAUUUGAGCGCCUCAGUGGAGUGCUGAUGCACAUUAAUCAGUGUGAUGCGCACGACAAAAUGCGCCUGGAUCCGGCGAAACAAAAAACGCUAGAAGAUCUAUGUGAACCAUAUGGUCUUCAAUGGCGAAAGCGGCGUGAUUCAUCUGGAAAGGUGCUUCCUGGGGAGAAGACAUUUAUCACGGAGUCCUACGUGAACUUCAAGAAACUGUAUGAGGCUCGUCAUAGAAACCGGUUUCAGGAAUUCCUGGACCAGCAUUUUCCUGGCUACCCAGAGAAGCAUGAGAGGAUGGAGGAUCCACGAAACCUGAGGAACGGUCGUGUUCCUCCUCGGCAUGUAUCGCGAGACGAGUGCAGCGAACCAUACACUGCCGGACGAGUGAUGUGUCGGGUGUGUCGAAGGCACAUUGCCGUGAAGGCAUGGGAUAGACAUCUAAAGAGCCGCUCACAUCUUGCCAAGUUGGGACAGGUAACAUUGUGA